UAGGAUGAUCUCCACGUCACCGAUUCCAACGGAUCGGUAACAAGUCCUUGACCUCGUUCGCGCCCUGAUCGGGGGCGUCCAACCCUCUUAUGGUUGGUGGGCCCCUGUGACCUGCGCUAUAUAAAGAGGUGGGGGCCGGGGCACACGGUACGAGGUUCACCGCGCCGCCAGUCACCCCACCGAUAUUCCCCUACCGAUCUAGGGCUAGCGCAGUGCUCACGGGAAGCACCACCACCGUCGCCACCGCACGCUCACCCUCUCCGCCGCCGCCACCAUGUCGGCACCCGAGAGCUCCUCCUCGAAGGGAGAAGGAGGGUUCUACUUGAUGAGCUGCAUCAAGGAUGUUCCCACCCUUAGAGGGGAUAACUACACAGAAUGGAGGAAGAAGGUGGAUUUCGCCUUCGUCUGUGCUGAGGUGGACUGGGUGGUUGACACACCGCAGCCCAUCAAGCCUGCUGACCCCGUCAGAGCUGACGGGGAUACUGAUGAUGCAUGGGCUAAAAAGAAAAGGGACCAUGCUCCUGUGGAGAUGUCCUACACCCUAGAGAACAGACAGUGGCAGACUGCCAACAAAAAGUGCAUGGCUUUCAUAAAGAAUACAAUUGAGAACGCUAUAGUGGGCUCAAUUACAGAGUGUACUUCCGCUGGGGAGUACCUAGAAAAGAUAAAGAGCCAGUUCACUGGUUCUUCAAAGACAUAUGCAACCCAGCUGUUGAAGCAGCUGGUGACAGAAAAGUAUACUGGAGGUGCACAUGGCAUCAGGGAGCACAUCCUCAGGAUGAGCAACAUGGCUGCAAAGCUGAAGCCCAUGGAUGCUGACCUGGAGCUGAAGCCUGCACUUCUGGUUCACUUGGUGAUGGCUUCAUUGCCACAACAGUUUGAAAAUUUUGUCAUCAAUUACAACAUGAGUCCUGAGAAAUGGGACAUUGAAAAGACCAUUGCCAUGUGUGUGCAAGAGGAGGAUAGACUCAAGGCACAGAAUGGAGGUACCAUCAAUUAUGUGAAGGACAACAAGAAAAGGCCCUUCACACCAAGCAACAAUGGUUCUCCUUCAAAGCAAUAUGGUAAAGCCCCAAUGCGAGCAUCGGCGAAGUUCCAGCCCAGUGCCAUUGCCGGUGAACAAAGAUCGGUGUCUUCACUGUCAGAAGACUGGGCACUACAAGAAAGACUGCCCUGCUUUUCGAAAGAAUUAAUGGCAAAGAAAGGGAUUCCAUUCGACGAGGACUACGAAAAGAGGCGAAGGAUGCGUUGA